AUGUACCGUUUACAAAACAAUCCACAUCGCGAUGAGUCUUUAGUGAAGAUGUUUAUUUCACAAACCAAAACCACUGCAGCAAUCGCCAAUGAUUGCUUGCGACAUAAUGAUUGGAAUAUUAAGGCAGCCGUUGUGGACUGGCACGAAAAUCCUAAUAAGUACGUCAGCAAGGUAAUGCAAGCCAAUAUAAAUAAGAUGUACGUGGCUUACAAGGAUAGUGGACCUGGUGCUGUUAUUACUGAUGAUAAUGUCCUGCGUUUGUUGGAUGACCUAAAGCUUAGAGCAGAUUCAAUGGAAGUUCUGGUAUUGGCUUGGAUGUGUCGUGCACGUACACAAUGCUGUUUUACAAAACAGGAAUUCGUUAAUGGUAUGGCACGUCUAGAAGUCGAAAAUAUAGUGGCGCUCAGAAACAAACUCGGUAUUGUUACUCGCGAUAUUUUUAACACCGACAAGUUCAAGGAUUUCUAUAUUUUUGCAUUUAAGUACGCAAAAGAGGAGGAUUCCAAAUACUUGGACAUAAAUAGCGCUAUUGUAUAUUGGCAUAUAAUUCUAAAGAAGGAGUUUCAAUUGUUGAAUGGCUGGUGUCAAUAUAUAAAGGAACGUGAUGUCAAGUGCAUUAAUCUAGAUACUUGGAAAUGUGUGUUAGAUUUUGUUAAAGAAAUUCAUCCUACUUUGGAUAAUUACAGUAUGGAUGACGCCUGGCCAACUCUUAUUGACGAAUUUGUUUGCUGGUAUCGAGAACAUUUCCUUAGCCCUAAAUCAGCUCAAAAUGGAAAGCAGGAUCCUUCACUAAAUUAA